UUCCACCAUACCCGGCACACAGCAUGAACAACAUCCGCUCCACCGCCAAGCUCAACGAGCGCGAGCUCGAGCUCGGCCUCGAGGGCGCCAGCUGGCACGACGAGUUCAAGGACAGCGCCUACAUUUUCGUCGGCGGCCUGCCCACGGCGCUCACCGAGGGCGACGUCAUCACCAUCUUCUCGCAGUACGGCGAGAUUCUCGACAUCAGCCUGCCGCGCUCCAAGGAGACGGGCGCCCGGCGCGGCUUCGGCUUCCUCAUGUACGAGGACCAGCGCAGCACCGUGCUCGCCGUCGACAAUCUCAACGGCGCCGUCGUGCUCGACCGCACGCUGCGCGUCGACCAUGUGCGCGAGUACCGCGGCGAGCUGGAGAAGGACGAGCAGGGCAACAAGAUCGAAAAGACGGAGCCGAGCAGGAACGCCGCGCCGCCGCUGCUGGAGGCAGGCUCCGCACAUGCCUCAUCCUCCUCCGCCGUCGCAACGCGAGGCGCCGCAGCCGACGUCGACCUGGAGGACCCAAUGGCGGCGUACAUCGCACGCGAGCGCGCCAAGGAGCGGCAGGAGCGCAGUCUCAGCGGCGGCGGUGGUGGGAGUAGUCGGGCGGAGAAGGAGGAGAAGCGGCGGCGCAAGGAGGAGCGUGCGCGCAUCCGCGAGGAGCGCGAGCGACGAAAGGCGCGCGGCGAGAGCAGCCGGCAUCGCAGCCGCAGCCGCAGCAAGAGCCCGCGGCCGAGUGCGCGAGACGACAGACCGCGCCGCGAUCGCGACAGCCGCGAGCGGGAGGUGCGGCGGACAGAUGAACGUGACCGUGAUGGGCGGUACGGACGCGAGCGCGAUGAGCGGAGAGAUCGCGGCGGCGACGGCGGGCGCGACAGAGAGCAGCGCGGGUCCUACGAGCGGGAUCCGCGGCGCUGAGCAGUGCGCUUGCAAUCAUGACAAUUGCUGUUCCUUUGCGGCGUGCCAGCGCUCGUUGU